AUGAGCGAUGCAACUUCAAAGGGCGUACAACAUCCCAACACCACCACAACACCACAGCUCCAGGAAACACCAGAACUUUAUAGCACUGCUCUCUCUUGCCUCCAUCUGGUCGUAAUUGUAGACCCUAUUCCCAUCCCAUCCAAGCCCACCAUGACAACACGUGGAGGCGGAUUCGUUGGCAGAGGGGGCAUGGGCGCACAAGGCCGCAUCCAGCGCAUAAAGACACACGUCCUCCCAUUCACAGACCACACGGGCAAAGAAGCAUUGAUGAUCUUUGAAGGCAGAGAAACAUGCCCGCUUCCACCACUCUACAGUUUCGCCAUGUACUUCACGCACAAAGACGUGAAUGCGGAAAACGUCCAGCCAAACGAGCUCCUGGAUGCCAUCAGACGCGGUACCCCGCUGCAAAAUUACCCCUGCCCCUUCCGUCUAGAGAUAUACUUUCUGCCUGCUCCAAGUGAAGACGCUGCAUCCGACGAGGCCUGCAUCGCGCAUUAUCGCGAGGAGAAGCGCAGCCGGGGAGAAUACACGCGCCAGAUCGACGCAAUCAACGCUGAGAGCGGCACCGGUACUGGAGGUUUACCUGGCUUCGUGCCAAGCUACAUCGACGACCCAUACGGUGACUUCCACCAUGGACGUCUCUUCAAUUACCAGGGACCCAACUGGCGCACGGAUAAGCGGCCUGUACACCGCGUUUUCUUCGACCCUAUCCCGCAAGAAGAAUAUGCACCGAUUGCGGAAGAGGCGGGGGAACCGGAGGUCCUGCAGCCGGUUCAGGUCACGCUGCAUGCGAUGCAGGAGAGCGACACUGAGGGUUUUGGCGCGUCGUUUGUAGGUAUGACAAUGUUUGAGACAGCGCAUGGGAAGACGGAGAAUGAGACGAAUGGGCCGUGGCAGGAGGCCGUGGAGCGUGGUUGGUCGACUUGGUAG